CCCUGAAUGUGUGCAAGAAUUUCAUCAGAAGCCACCACUGUAAUUAGCUCGGUCUAGCCUCUGUUGCUGUUUUCUCCUUUUUGUUUUUGCUUUUUGUUUUGUUUGUGCAAUGACGGUAGGCAACAUGGACAGUGCUGAGCUGUUUGAUGCAGGACAGAAAGGCCGCGGCCUGAAGGCGGGCAAAGAGCUCAAUGCUGGGGAGGUAGUGUUUGCAGAGGCCAGCUUUGCUGCUGUGGUCUUUGACAGCAUGUUCAUGCAGGUGUGCCACAGCUGCUUCCGCCAGCAGGCCAAGUUACAUCGUUGUGCCCAAUGUCAGUUUGCCUACUACUGCAACCGAACCUGCCAGACUGCAUGCUGGGAUGAACACAAGAAGGAGUGUGCGGCCAUCAAGAAGGUCGGCAAGGCACCAAAUCAGAAUGUUCGUCUGGCUGCACGAGUGCUGUGGCGCCUUCACAAGGACACAGGCAUUGUGGCAGACAAUCAGAUGAUCUCAGUGGACCAGCUGGAGGACCACGUGUCCAGCCUACCAGGGGACAGCCUCAGAAAGCUUGAGAGUGAUGUCCAGAGCUUGCUGGGAUAUUGGUCUUAUGGAAAGAAACAGCACUCAGUCGACUACAUCUCACACAUCUUUGGCAUUAUUAAAUGCAAUGGAUUCACACUGAGUGACCAGAGUGGGCUGCAAGUUGUCGGUGUGGGCCUUUUUCCCAACCUGUGUCUGGUCAACCAUGACUGCUGGCCCAACUGCUCUGUUGUCCUCAACCACGGCAACCAAACUGCUCUGAGCUCUGCUCUUCACUCUCAGAGCAGGAUUGAGCUGCGAGCUUUAGAAAUAAUCCCUGAGGGUCAGGAGCUGACCGUGAGCUACGUGGACUUUCUCAACCUGUCAGCUGAGCGUAAGAAGAAGCUGGAAGAGUGUUUCCACUUUGAGUGCAAAUGCCAGCACUGCAGCCAACACCUCAAGGAUGACUUGAUGACGGCUGCUGCAGACAGCAAGCCAUCCACUGAGAAGCUGGAAGAGGUCACUGCCUUCACUGAAGACUGUCUGGAGAAGAUCGAGAAGUUCCGAAUGGAAGGAAAUUUCCACGAGGUGGUGAAGCUGUGUCGUGAGUGUUUGCAAAAGCAGGAGAACGUUCUGGCUGACACUCACCUGUCCAGACUGCGUGUGCUGAGUGUGGCCAGCGAGGUGCUGUCAUACCAGCGCUCGUUCUCUGAGGCUACAGCGUACGCUGGGAGGCUGGUGAAUGGAUACGUGAAGUUAUACCACCACAAUAAUCCCCUGUUGGGUUUGGCCAUCAUGCGUGCAGGCGUCAUACACUGGCAGGCGGGGCAGACUGAGCAGGGCCACAGCAUGAUCUGCCAGGCCUUUGGCAUUCUCAUGGUCACCCACGGGCCCAACCACGCUAUCACCAAAGACCUGGAGUCAAUGCGUAUGCAGACUGAGAUGGAACUGAAGAAGAAGAAGGAGGAGGAAGAGGAAGUGGCCUUAUCCUGAGCUAUGCUAACUUCAACAAACAGCUGUAAGUGCCUUCGGUGAAGUGGAAAAAUGCCCAAUUGGCUCAAUGCGUGCUGACAAAGACUCAGAAAGAAAAUAAACUGAGCCACAUUGAUAUUACAUCUUGUGUACAGCAAUGGCAAUAAAACAUGUGGAACACGAUGUGUUCUGAUCCCCUCCUCACCAUCAGGAAGUCACUUGUGUUAUGC